CAUGAAAUACAAUAAUCCAAUCCAUUCUGACAUUGUCAAACCUCCAGAUAUUUCUUUCUUUUUUAAGUUUCUAACUUACAUCUACUCCUUCGCAAAGCCAGAUAUUUACCCAUAGCUCAACGCUACAGACCAUGUGUGAAUAUACGAAGAGAACCUAAAGUUGUGCUCCCUUUGAUACCAAUCCCGAGAGAUAACAUGGAUGAAGGCGAGUCAUCGGAUGGGUUAAGUGAGUGGGAGCUAAUCCAGGCCCCACCAUAUUCAACUCCUCUCAUCACACCAUUAGCGGAACAACACAUGGUAGCUACUGCUACCACCAAAGACAACAGCCCCCAACAUCAACAUCACUUAUCUGUCUUACCCCCAAGUCGCCAUGAUGGCUUAGAAGAAGAAGAAGAAGAAGAAGAAGAAGAAGAAGAAGAAGUGAAUUCUUCGGCGACCUCUUGGUCGAUGAUCCAAGGGGAUGGAGAAAAUUCAUGGCCUUUGAAGAAUACAAGUGCCAUCGGUAAAAUCCUGACUAAUGGGGCUUUAAAACUUGCUGCUAGAGUUGGAUAUUAUGUGGGAUUCGGAUGGGGGGUUUGGUCAGGUAAUAUAGUCGUGGCAACUAUGUUGCUGUCAUUUUUGUAUGCCAAAGCUAGGGUGUGGGGUGGCAGAGUGAAGGAGGUGAAGAAGGAUCCAUUGAUACGUAUGAUUCAAGAGAAAGACCAGAAGAUGAAGCAGCUGUUGUUUCAGAUCGGUGAAAUGAAUGAGAUAUUAUUAUCAGCAGGAAGACGCAGGGUUCCAGUGGUUCGACUCAGCUGCUGAUCUUCAGGGAAUCAGUUUUAGUUGUGCUGUAUUUUGUCAGCUUAUGAAUACCAGAUAAAGUUUAUACAUAUGUAUGAGCAACAUACCAAUUUACUACACCUUAUGUAUACAGUUAGACAACACUCCUACUUUUUGUUGAUGUUAUAAAUAUCUUUUCUCUUAA